UGGUGGUGAUGGCGGGAAACGACUGGAUAAAUAGUUACCUGGAGGCGAUUCUGGAUGUUGGGCCUGGACUCGACGAUGCCAAAUCGUCUUUGCUGCUUAGAGAGAGAGGGAGGUUCAGUCCCACUCGCUACUUCGUCGAGCAGGUCAUCACUGGCUUCGAUGAGACCGAUCUCUAUCGCUCUUGGGUUCGCGCUGCUGCGACGAGGAGCCCUCAGGAGAGGAAUACUAGGCUCGAGAAUAUGUGCUGGCGGAUUUGGAAUUUGGCUCGCCAGAAGAAACAGCUUGAGGGAGAGGAAGUUCAAAGGAUGGCUAAACGUCGUCUUGAACGUGAAAGAGGCCGCAAAGAAGCUACUGCUGAUAUGUCAGAAGACUUGUCAGAGGGGGAAAAAGGAGAUACAGUCAGUGAUUUGUCGGCUCAUGGUGAUAACACCAGGGGCCGAUUACGUAGAAUUAGCUCCGUUGAGACGAUGGAGGCAUGGGCUAGUCAACAAAAGGGGAAAAAGCUAUACAUUGUCUUAAUAAGCCUUCAUGGUCUAAUUAGGGGUGAAAAUAUGGAGCUUGGUCGUGAUUCUGACACUGGCGGCCAGGUCAAGUAUGUUGUGGAACUUGCAAGGGCUUUGGGCUCAAUGCCAGGAGUAUAUCGAGUUGAUUUACUCACUAGACAAGUAUCAUCACCAGAAGUAGAUUGGAGUUAUGGUGAACCCACAGAGAUGUUGCCUCCAAGAUACUCUGAUGGUUUGAUGAAUGAGAUGGGGGAGAGUAGUGGAUCUUAUAUUAUUCGUAUUCCUUUUGGUCCGAGAGAGAAAUAUAUUCCAAAAGAAUCUUUAUGGCCUCACAUUCCGGAAUUUGUUGAUGGUGCUCUUAACCAUAUCAUACAGAUGUCCAAAGUACUUGGUGAACAAAUUGGCGGUGGGCAACCUGUAUGGCCUGUUGCUAUCCAUGGUCAUUAUGCAGAUGCAGGUGAUGCCGCUGCACUUCUAUCAGGUGCUCUAAAUGUACCCAUGCUUUUUACUGGUCACUCACUUGGUAGAGAUAAGCUGGAACAGCUUUUGAGACAAGGUCGACUAUCAAAGGAUGAAAUAAAUACGACAUACAAAAUAAUGCGUCGAAUAGAAGCUGAGGAGUUAUCCCUUGAUGCCUCUGAAAUUGUCAUAACUAGCACUAGACAAGAGAUAGCGGAGCAGUGGCGUUUGUAUGAUGGUUUUGAUCCAGUACUAGAACGUAAACUGCGAGCCAGGAUCAGGCGUAAUGUGAGCUGUUAUGGCAGGUUCAUGCCUCGAAUGGUUGUAAUGCCCCCUGGGAUGGAAUUUCAUCACAUUGUUCCACAUGAUGGUGAUGCGGAGGGUGAAACAGAAGCAAAUGAAGAUCAGCCUGCUUCUCCAGAACCACCUAUUUGGCCUGAGAUAAUGCGCUUUUUCUCUAAUCCACGCAAGCCUAUGAUACUUGCUCUAGCUAGGCCAGAUCCCAAAAAGAAUCUGACAACUCUGGUUAAAGCAUUUGGGGAAUGUCGGCCUUUAAGAGAGCUGGCUAAUCUGACCCUAAUAAUGGGUAACCGAGAUGAUGUUGAUGAAAUGUCAAGCACUAGUGCUUCACUUCUUCUCUCAAUUCUUAAGCUUAUUGAUAAGUAUGAUCUCUAUGGUCAAGUGGCGUACCCAAAACACCACAAGCAGUCUGACGUUCCUGACAUCUACCGUCUGGCAGCAAAGACAAAGGGUGUUUUCAUUAAUCCAGCUUUCAUCGAGCCGUUUGGGCUUACUCUAAUUGAGGCAGCAGCUUAUGGUUUACCAAUUGUCGCGACAAAAAAUGGAGGUCCUGUUGACAUACAUCGGGUACUUAACAACGGUCUCCUUAUAGACCCCCAUGAUCAGCAGUCUAUAGCUGAUGCUCUUUUAAAGCUGGUUUCAGACAAUCAACUUUGGGCAAAGUGCCGGCAGAAUGGGUUAAAAAAUAUUCACCUCUUCUCAUGGCCAGAACAUUGUAAAACUUACCUAUCCCGAAUAGCGAGUUGCAAACUGAGGCAGCCAUGGUGGCAAAGAAAUGAUGAUGGGGAUGAGAAUUCUGAGUCAGAUUCACCAAGUGAUUCCUUGAGAGAUAUAUCUUUAAAUUUAAAGUUUUCAAUGGACGGAGAAAAGAAUGAAGGCAGUUACAAUGCUGAUAGUUCUUUAGAAUCUGAAGAUCGCAAGAGCAAGUUGGAGAAUGCUGUUUUGACAUGGUCAAAGGGUGUCCAAAAGGGCACGCAAAAGGCUGGCUUUACAGAGAAAGCAGAUCAGAACAGCAGCGCUGGUAAGUUCCCAGCGUUGAGGAGGAGAAAGCAUAUUAUUGUUAUCGCUGUGGAUUUUGAUGCUAUAACAGAUCUUUUUGAAAGUGCUAGAAAGAUAUUUGACUCUGUGGAGAAGGAAAGGACUGAAGGCUCUGUAGGAUUCAUAUUAGCAACAUCCUUUACUCUGUCUGAAAUACAAUCUUUUCUCAUCUCGGGGGGGCUGAGCCCUACUGAUUUUGAUGCUUUUAUCUGCAAUAGUGGUGGUGACCUCUACUAUUCAUCUCCUAACUCAGAGGAUAACCCUUUUGUGGUUGACUUAUAUUACCACUCACAUAUUGAAUAUCGCUGGGGUGGAGAAGGGUUGAGGAAGACUUUGGUACGUUGGGCGGGUUCUAUCACUGAUAAAACGGGUGAAAAUGAAGAGAAGAUUGUUACAGAAGAUGAAAAGAUUUCAACCAACUAUUGUUAUGCUUUUAAAGUGCAAAAGACAGGAAAGGUUCCGCCUGUUAAGGAAAUUCGGAAAUUAAUGAGAAUUCAGGCUCUCCGUUGCCAUGUUAUUUAUUGCCAAAAUGGGCAUAAGAUCAAUGUAAUUCCAGUAUUGGCAUCUCGUUCCGAAGCCCUAAGGUAUCUCUAUCUCCGUUGGGGUGUGGACUUGUCAAAAAUGGUUGUUUUUGUCGGAGAGAGUGGGGACACAGAUUAUGAAGGAUUGCUAGGUGGUAUACACAAGUCCGUAAUAUUGAAGGGAGUUUGUAGCAGUGCAAGCACUAUACUCCAUGCCAACAGAAACUAUCCUCUUUCCGAUGUCUUGCCAUUCGACAGCCCCAACAUUGUUCAGACAACCGAAGAAUGCAGCAGCGCUGAUCUCCGGACUUCAUUGGAGAAAUUCGGCCUCCUCAAGGGCUAAAAAUUUGCACCAGCACCCUUUGUAUCAUGCUUUGGAGGUGGUAUUUUAUGUAGGGGGUACAUUAUGGUAGUGUACUCUUCUAUCUCACACUUGUGAAGCCCACAUGUUUGUGAGAGGGAGGGGGGUACAUCACUGGUAUACCCAUACCUGAAGUUGGCUUUGGUUUUGGGUUUUUAGUGAGAUCUGGUAGCUAUCUAUUAUUGUUUUUUUGUUUCUUUGGUCCUGAAAACAAUAUUUUGUUGCUUCUAUUGGCAUAAAAGCCAACUUUUCUUGUAUAGCCGUCGUAACUUUUUUUUUUUUUUUUAAAAGUUUCAUGGAGCCCUUUGGUCAUACAGGAUGAAGCAAAUAAUAUAUCAAAUUAUUAUAUUAAAUAAAUGUGAAGAUUGAGUUUUUAUUUAUUUAUUUAUUUUAAGGCCUACAAAGAAAGGAGAAUCUAUUCCUAU